AUGUCUGUUCAUAGAGAAAAAGUUGAUCUUGCCAAAUUACCUCAUCAUUAUGAUGGCCCAGUCACUUUAGCAGUUAUUGGAGGUACUGGUUUAUACGAUUUACCAAAUUUGCAUCCUGUUGCAAGAUUGACCAUUUCUACUCCAUGGGGGUUCCCAUCAGGUCCAAUCACUAUCUCCAAGACUGACCUGGGAUUCCCAGUAGCAUUUUUGGCUCGUCAUGGUCAACAUCAUGAUUUAUUACCAAGUGAUGUCCCUUCAAGGGCUAAUAUUGCCGCUUUGAAGAAAUUGGGUGUUAAGGCCAUCAUUUCUUUUUCUGCUGUUGGUUCUUUACAACAAGAAAUUAGACCAAGAGAUUUUGUUUUACCAACUCAAAUCAUUGAUAGAACCAAAGGUAUCAGGCCUUCUACUUUCUUUGAAAAAGGUUUUGUUGCUCAUGCCAUGUUUGGAGAACCAUUUGAUUUGAAAUUGAACCAAUUGAUCAGAGAUGCUAUUCCAAGUGAAGGAUUCUUAGAAGCUUUUGAUGAAAACCCAUCCCCAGUUUUACAUUCCAAAGAAAACACAAACAAGGGUGAAGAUUUAACCAUUAUUUGUAUGGAAGGUCCUCAAUUCUCCACCAGGGCUGAAUCUAAAUUGUACAGAACUUGGGGAGGAUCAGUUAUCAACAUGUCUGUAUUACCAGAAGCCAAGUUGGCUCGUGAAGCAGAAAUUGCCUAUCAAAUGAUUUGUAUGUCUACUGAUUAUGAUUCUUGGAAUGAAAGUGAAGAACCAGUUACUGUUGAAACUGUGGUUGGUAACUUGAAGGCCAAUUCUGCUAAUGCUUGUAAAUUGGCUGCCAAGUUAAUUGAUGAAUUUGCCGCUAAAGGAUCAACCAUCGGAGAUGAUAUCCAAGGCAGUAUGAAGUAUGCCGUUAGUACUAGUCCACAUGGGGUUAAAAAGGAGUUGUUGGAAAAGAUGCACUUUUUGUUCCCAGGAUAUUGGGAAGUUUAG